UUUCUUUUGGGGAACGGGGCGGAGCUCGGCCGCGCCGGCGCGUCGAGGGGGGACAGGCAGCCGCCGCGAUGGACGUGUUCCUCAUGAUUCGGCGCCACAAGACCACCGUCUUCACGGACGCCAAGGAGUCGAGCACCGUGUUCGAGCUGAAGCGCAUCGUCGAGGGCAUCCUCAAGCGGCCGCCCGACGAGCAGCGGCUGUACAAGGAUGACCAGCUUCUGGAUGACGGCAAGACACUGGGAGAGUGUGGCUUCACUAGUCAGACGGCACGGCCGCAGGCCCCAGCCACUGUAGGGCUGGCCUUCCGAGCAGAUGAAGCCUUCGAAGCCCUGCGUAUCGAGCCUUUCUCCAGCCCACCUGAGCUACCCGAUGUGAUGAAGCCGCAGGACUCAGGAAGCNCCCCCCCCCCCCCCCAAUAAACGAGAUUUGGGUGUCUGCCUGGUUGCUGCCUUUUUCUGUGCACCCUUUCCUAAGGCAUCACCUUCCCUGGGAUGGUUCUGCUCCCCUGCAAGACUCAUCCUCAGCCCCUUGCUUGCCUAGGCCACCUUGAGAGACCACUCCCUGUGGUCAAGCUCUGUGGGCCCAGCCAACCAUCCCCACCCCAGUCUGCCCCUCUGAGGCCACUGGCACAGGACUAGGAGAAACCCAGAGCCGAGGCCAGCCGAGGCCUGGAGACCCAAGGUUUGAGGCUUUGUUCCUGCUACCAGGCAGGCUCCCAGGCAGCUUCUGAAGGAAGGAGCAAAAGUAAGCUGCAGCCAGUGUGUUGGCUCCAUGGAGGACGACCCAAGCCUAGAGCCACCCAACACAGGUCCUCUGAAGCCAACAGAGUGCACUGGGGGGAGGGGGGCAGUCAGUAAGAGAACAGCUCUCUCUCCACCCCUAAUAAAUCAUCUACAGACCCAA